AUGGCUCUUCAAUCGACAAUAAAUUCUCGAAAUGUCAACAAUGAUAAUAAUAAUAAUAGUGAUGAUGACGAAAAUCAUCAUCGCCAUCAACAUCAUCAUCGUCAUCAAUAUCAUCAUCAUGAAUAUGAUGAAGAAAUCGAUGAAACAGAAGAUGAUCUUAUUGAAAAUUAUCGUUUUUUAACUCAACACUGUGGUGCUCUACGACAAUCUCCAACAACAAAUAUAUUAAAUACAAUACAAAAACAACAACAAAAACAAAAACAAAUGAAUCAAUCUCCAUUUUUACGUCAUUAUUCAUUUAUAGAUGAAAAUCAUAAUAAGAAUAAUAAAAAUAAUGAUAAUGAUGAACGUUCAUUUUCUUCAACUAAACAACGGUUUUCACCAUUAAAUGCUUUAAAUAAUAAUAAUAAUAAUAAUAAUAAUCAUAAUUAUUCAACAACAAUUAGUCGUAUACCUCCAACAAUUUAUUAUGAUGAUACCAUAGAGAGUGAAUUUAAUAAUGAUCAUUCAUUUUCAUUAGUUAAAUUAUUUGCACGUAUGAAAACACGUUUAAAACAUGAUAAACGCUAUCGUCCUAAACCUACACAUGAAUUACUUUCUGAAGAAGAUCCUCAAGAAUGGUAUGAAUUAACAAAAAAUGUUCGAACUAUUAUAACGAAAGCUCUUUUACCUGACGGAGGAUAUGAUGCGUUAAAACAUCGUUCGAAAAAAGUUCAUAGUAGACGAGGUUCAUGUAGAAAAUCACGUGAAUUACAUCCUGUUCUACCAAAAGAUAAUGAUGAUGAUGAUGAUAAAAUUGAUAUUCAAAUAAAUGAUGAAUUAAACACAGAAAAUAAUGAAGAAUAUGAUCAAAUAAUAUGGAAUAAAUUUUUAACUUGUUCAAGAGGAUUUAAUUAUAGACGAUGUGGAGUUUGUAAAACUGUUGAUCGACAAGAAUUUCAAGGACAAUUAGUGUAUUUUUAUGGUGUUGCAAAUAAUAUUUUAAUUGAUGAAAAUUUAAAAGCAUCUGGUUUGGGUUAG